AUGCGUGGGGGAAGGGAGCUCCGGCCACCCCUCCCCCGGUGGGGCAGUUGGCUCAGCGCCCAGGCCGGGACAGCAUCUGGGGGCCGGAUCUCUGUCCCCUCCGGCGCCUUCUCCACCCUCCGAGGACCCCCAGCCCUCCUCGACCCUCGUUCGGUUAUCGCUGUUCAGCCCAUGCUGUGCCUCCUAGGAUCCCGGAUCUCUCCUGCCCAUCUCUACUACCCUGUGUCGGCUCCCUCGAUCCUCGCCGGGUCCCUGUCCUCCUCCAGACCUCCAGGGCGGCCGGAGUCAGGGCUCCUUCGAGUGUCCCCGAUCCAGGCUGAACACGCCAUGAGGCUGUGGGCGCUAGAACUCCGGUUUCUGGCGCUUCUGCUGGUUCUGCUGCUGCAGCCUGUGCGCGCUCCGAUUCCCAGGGCGCAGGACGUGAGCCUGGGCGUGGACUGGCUGACUCGCUAUGGCUACCUGCCGCCCGCAGAUCCUACCCAAGCCCAGCUGCAGAGCCUUGCGAAGCUGCAGGAUGCCAUCAAAGUCAUGCAGAGAUUUGCCGGGCUGCCUGAGACAGGCCAAAUGGACCCAGUAACAAUAGCCACCAUGCACAAGCCACGCUGCUCCCUGCCUGAUAUUAUGGGGCCUGCUGGGCUGGUCAGGCGGCGGCGGCGCUAUGCUCUGAGUGGCAGCGUGUGGAAGAAGCGCACCCUGACGUGGAGGAUCCAGUCCUUCUCUCAGAACUCCCAGUUGAGCCAGCUGACUGUACGGACCCUCAUGAGCUAUGCCCUGACUGUCUGGGCUGUUGAGUCAGGCCUUACCUUCCAGGAGGUGGAUUCUCAGCACCAGGAGCCUGACAUCCUUAUCCACUUUUCCCGGGGCUACCACCAAGACAGUUACCCCUUUGAUGGACCUGGUGGCACCCUGGCUCAUGCCUUCUUCCCUGGGGAGCACCCCAUCUCUGGAGACACUCACUUUGACGAUGAGGAGACCUGGACUUAUGGGUCAAAAGAUGGUGAAGGAACCGACCUGUUUGCAGUAGCAGUUCAUGAGUUUGGCCACGCCCUAGGCCUUGGCCACUCUUCUGCUCCCAACUCCAUUAUGAGACCCUUCUACCAGGGCCCGGUAGGUGACCCUGACAAAUACCGCUUAUCCCAAGAUGACCGUGACGGAUUGCAGCAGCUCUAUGGGAAAGUGUCCCAUACCCCGUAUGAAAAGCCCACAAGGAAACCCCUGGCUUCACCUCCACAGCCUCCAGCCUUGCCCCCUGACAGGCCGUCUGCACCAGUGCCUGAUCGCUGUGAGGGCAAUUUUGAUGCUAUUGCCAACAUCCGAGGGGAGAUCUUCUUCUUCAAAGGCCCCUGGUUCUGGCGCCUCCAACCCUCAGGACAGCUGGUGUCGCCCCGUCCAGCUCGGCUGCACCGCUUUUGGGAGGGUCUGCCCACUCACGUGAGGGUCAUCCAGGCUGCUUAUGCCCGUCCCCGGGAUGGCCGAAUCAUCCUUUUCAGCGGCCCCCAGUUCUGGGUGUUCCAGGACCGGCAGCUGGAGGGCGCAGCGCGGCCACUGGUGGAGUUUGGGCUUCCCCCUGGAGAAGAAGUGGAUGCUGUGUUCUCCUGGCCUCUCAAUGGCAAGACGUACCUGAUCCGAGGCCGGCAGUACUGGCGCUAUGACGAGGAGGCCGCGCGCCUGGACCCUGGCUACCCACGCGCCCUGAGUCUCUGGGAGGGGGCGCCGCCGUCCCCAGACGAUGUCACCGUCAGCAACACAGGUGACACCUACUUUUUCAAGGGCACCCAUUUCUGGCGCUUUGCGAAGGGCAGUGUCAAAUCUGAGUCGGAUUCCCCCCAGCCCAUGGGGCCCACGUGGCUGGACUGCCCUGCCCCCAAAUAUGACCCUCAAAUCCCCAACUCCCCGAAAACGACACCCAAAACUGGAACCUGUGAUUGUCACUGUGAGCUCAAUCAAGCCUCAGGGCGGCUGUUGGUGACCCUCGUGCUGCCCCUCCUGCCCUCACUGGCUGGAGCUGUCUUUUCUUGCUGA